CCACCCAAGAUCAAAAAGCAUGUACCCCAAGGAUUUGGGCAAUCUCAUUCAUCACCAAUGUCCUUCAGAGACUGAAUAAUCUACAGGGAGCUGGUUUCUGAAUGAGGAAGUAGGAAGGGAAGACCAUGCUCAUUGAAAAAUUGGUUAUUAAUACGAGAGAAAUAAUCACUUAUCUCACUAGUGUCUGAGAUUAGAUUAACUCAUUUCUUACUCUAGGUCCAUACCUCUGCACACUGUGCCACCACCUAGCUUCCCCCUAGAGAGAGGGAGUGGGGAAGAGGAGGCUCUAACGCUUGAGGGUAGAGUAAAUGGGGAGCAAAUCUUGGGGAGAAUCCCUGAUGCACUUCCUUGUCUUCGUGUCCCCAGGACGACUGAAAGGAGCAGAGCUUUUUGAGGCUGAGAACGACGACCAUGGCUGUGUCCCCCACAAAUGGGCAGCUCGAAUAUGUUCAUGACAACACAACGGAGAGCAGCGCAAACACGAGUUCGGGUCUUGUGGCACCUGGAGAAAUUGACUUAGAUACCUGGAUGCGGAUCCCCUCUUUGCUUGUUGCCCUGGUUGGGCUGGUGGGGAACAGCAUCGUCCUGUGGCUCCUGGGCUUCCGCAUCCAGAGGAACCCAUUUUCGGUCUACAUCCUCAACCUGGCCGGAGCUGACGCCCUCUUCCUUUGUUGCUCCUUCCUGUUCUCCACACAUCGAUUUGUCAAUUAUUUGGAUUAUUCUUUUACAGAAAUGCUACUGAACUACGCCAAAUACCUGUUCUACACCGUCGGUCUGAGCCUCUUGGCUGCCAUCAGCACCGAGCGCUGUCUCUCCGUGCUCUUCCCCAUCUGGUACAAAUGUCACCGCCCCAAGCGCACGUCUGCUGCUGUGUGCGCUGUCCUCUGGGCUCUGGCCAGCCUGCUCAGUGUAACUAGUUUUGGUGUUUCUUUUUAUGUGUGUGGUCAAUAUUUGUGCUGCGAAUUCUUCAUCAUGGAGAUCGUGUGGCUCACCCUUCUCACCUGUGUGCUGUGCGUGUCCAGCCUGACUCUGCUGCAGAGGGUCCAGUGCAGCUCCCAGCGCCGGCAGCCCCCCAGGCUCUACCUCCUGGUGCUGCUCACCGUCCUUGUGUUUCUGCUCUGUGGCCUGCCCAUGGAGAUCAGCGAUUUCGUAUCUAGUUUCCACGAAAUUGUCCUCCCUCAUUGGCUCCCUCAGCUCCUGGCCUGUGUGAACAGCAGUAUGAACCCUUUCGUUUACUUCUUCCUGGGCAGAGAAAGGUAUAAAAGGAGGGAGCCCCUCAGAAUGGUCCUCCAGAGGGCCCUGAGGGAUGAGCAGCAAUUGUGA